ACUCCAUUUCCCACAACACAACGCGCUGUGUUACCGGAAGUGACAACGUGUGCAGUUUGUGACAGUCCAGGAAGCGUUUCAUGGAUACUGGUUUCUAAAUACCAAGAAGAGUCCGUCCUGGGGGAUUUAUCAGCUGUAUCCCUUCCUGUUCCAGGUCUUUCUUUUUUCUUCUUCUUCUUCUACAACUUCAUAUUCUAGCGAUGUGUACCAGCUAGAAUGUGAUUCACAGGCCUGCCCUCUACAACCCACCACAACAAACUAUUUCUGAUAAGAGCGAGCGUCGCCAUGCUGCCCACCACCUCGCGACACGUCGCCGAGACGGGCCUGCGGGACGCGGCGCGCCACACGGCCGGCGCCAAGCGCUACAAGUACCUGCGGCGGCUGCUGCACUUCCGGCAGAUGGACUUUGAGUUUGCCGUGUGGCAGAUGCUGUACCUGUUCACGUCGCCGCAGCGCGUCUACCGCAACUUCCACUACCGCAAGCAGACCAAGGACCAGUGGGCCCGCGACGACCCGGCCUUCCUGGUGCUGCUGGGCGUCUGGCUGUGCGUGUCCACCAUUGGCUUCGGCCUGGUCCUUGACCUGGGCUUUGUGGGGACCCUGAAGCUGCUGCUCUGGGUGGUCUUCAUCGACUGCAUCGGCGUCGGCCUGCUGAUAUCCACCCUCAUGUGGGGCGUGACCAACAAGUACCUGCUGAAGCAGCCCGGCAAGGACUACGACGUGGAGUGGGGCUACGCCUUCGACGUGCACCUCAACGCUUUCUACCCGCUGCUCGUCAUCCUGCACUUCCUGCAGCUGUUCUUCAUCAACCACAUCGUGGUGAUCAACUCUAAUUGGUUCCUGGGCCUGGUGGUCGGCAACACGCUGUGGCUGGUGGCCAUCGGGUACUACCUCUACAUCACCUUCCUGGGCUACAACGCCCUUCCCUUCCUGAAGAACACGGUGGUGCUGCUGUACCCCUUCGCCCUGCUUGCCCUCCUCUACAUCCUGUCUGUCUCGCUGGGCUGGAACUUCACGCAGGGCCUCUGCUGGUUCUACCAGUACCGGGUCAAGUAGAGCGGGAGAGAGAGGCGGCACAGCUACACUCCGAUGGGUGGGCCGGUGUGUGUGUGUGUGCGUGUGCGUGUGCGUGUGUCUCUUCAUUGGUUUGGACACCCGGAACCCCCCCACUUGUUCGUCCGGUCCGACUGGCUGAACAGUGGUGUGAAGUGAAGAUUGUUCUUGGACUAAUAGCGGAUGGUUUGUAAAUAACCGCUGGUUGAAGACGUUAUUCUGGAUUUGGAGAGGAGCAACGUAUCUUUUGGGGUUUUCUUCUUGCAUUUAGAAACAAACAGAUAAUAAAAGAUAUGAGGAUCUUGGUUUAAGUGCUGUUGAUCGAGGAAUGUUAUAAAAUGAAGACAUGAAGCGCAUUGUAAGCAUACUUGUUCAGCUGUUGGUAGCAGUUUUCUUUCUCUCUCAACAAAAGUGUACAUUCCAAAGCGCUUUCAAUAAAAUAUGUUUUAUUUCUAG